AUUAUAAACAAAAUGGCAGCAUAGAUUUCAUCUCCAGCUCAACCAAAAGUUUUUAACGUGUAAUUCGUGUAGUGUAUCAGUUACGUGAUAACAGUUCUUAAUUUUGUGGUCAAAAAAACGGUGCAUGAAUGCUUUGUUCAAACGUGGAUAUGUCUGGGAAAACAACAAUCAAAGGGAACCCUUCAAUGUACGUCAAACUAAACGUUGGGGGUUGUUUGCAUUACACCACUAUAGGAACAUUAACCAAACAUGACACAAUGUUACGGGCAAUGUUCAGUGGAAGGAUGGAAGUCCUAUCAGAUUCAGAUGGAUGGAUUUUGAUUGAUAGAUGUGGCAAGCAUUUUGGCACAAUUUUAAAUUUUCUGCGAGAUGGAAGCGUCUCAUUACCAGAGACCAGUAAAGAGAUUGCUGAAUUGCUGGCCGAGGCUAAGUAUUACUGUAUUGCAGAACUAGCAGAGUCAUGUAACAAAGCGAUAUUUAAAAAAGAAAGAGGUGAACAUGAACCUAUAUGUGGAGUUCCCCUAAUAACAUCCCAAAAGGAGGAGGAAAUGUUAAUCAGCUCAACAACAAAACCUGCCAUUAAACUACUGAUCAACCGGCACAAUAACAAGUAUUCUUAUACAACCACAUCUGAUGACAAUUUGCUUAAGAACAUCGAAUUAUUUGAUAAAUUAUCUUUAUGGUAUAACAAACGUGUACUGUUUUUAAAGGAUGUUAUCAGCACCAGUGAAAUAUGCUGCUGGGUAUUCUAUGGACAUGGCAAAAAAGUGUCAGAGGUAUGCUGUACCUCAAUCGUUUACGCCACCGACAAAAAACACACUAAAGUCGAGUGUCCGGAGGCCCGUAUCUACGAAGAAACGCUCAACAUACUGCUGUACGAGAGCCGAAACGCCCCCGAUCAGGAGUUGAUGCAGGCGACCACCUCGAAGCCUUCGAUCAGCGGCAUGAGCUCGUACACCAGCGACGAGGAGGAGGAAAGAACAGGUCUCGACCGGCUCCGUUCGAACAAGUCCAACAAUCAGGCCUAGUAGCACGAGAGGGGCGGGAGGCGGCUCACGUUGGUCCGCCGCAACGUUUUCUACUGAGGUGUUGUUGCGCGGCAAGGUCGGAAGGGUGGUUCUGCGCAGACGACCGAGGCCUGCCCUGAUUGAUUGUUUUUUUUGUGUCUUUUUUAGAAAGAUUAGGGAUUGUUCACGAAUUGACUUUUGAACUAGGUAAAUAACACUGAUAACACCCAAAUAUAUUACAAUUUUUAUAUUUAGUCCACCUUGUAUGUAUAAUAUUUCGGGCAUUAUUGAUAUUUAUCAGUUGGAAACUGGUGAGUUAAAUCCUUGUAUUUCCAACAGUUUGGAAAUUAAUGUACUAAUAUAUCAUUAUUAUACUGUGUAAUGGCCAUAGCUCUAUAAAUAAACGUUAACAAAUGAAAUUGUCUAAGGCCUAUUUUGGCCUCAAAUUGUUACAUCGUAAAAUACAAAAUAUUUAUGAGAUGAUAUUCUCUUUAAGAAUAGGCAAUUUGACUUUAACUAAGCAGGGUAAACUGUGUUUAAUGUUAUUUAAAUAUAAUUGUAGUACAUAUUAUCCAGUAAAACAACUAAGAGUUUUAUCAAUUGUUGUGUGGGUGUUUUAAAAUGUAUGGAAUCUCUCGUUCUUAUACGAAAGACUGAAAUGAUAUGCCAGAAAGAGUUUAUAUUGAAUAUUAAGACAUAGACAUAUAAAUCGAAAAAUUAUAGAAAUAGUAAAGUGCAAACAUAGUCAUAAUUCUGUUAAAUUAUAUUCAGAGUAUAAAAUAGUAUGACUAUUAUCUAGACUGUAUAUUCUCAUAAAUAGAUAGUUAUAAUGUUUAUUAAAUGUUAAUAACUUUCAAGUAAUGUUUGUACUUAUUUCCCAUGGCUUUUGCACUAGUACUGUUAAUUAUUGUACGUUAACGAUUAUAUUUUUAGAACUCUGUUCAAUGUGGCUUUUUGGCAAUAUCUUUAUUUAAUCAUCCUGUGCGUUGUAUCAAUAUAUAUUCAAAGUAUUUAUAUGUGUUCACUGACUUGCAUAAAUUAAUUGUAUUUCUAUAAACGUCCUUGUUUUAUGUACUUGUGUAUAUUUUCACCACUGCAGUGUAAAACCUAUUGUUCUGUGAUUUUUGAUAUUGUAUUUUAUUAAGACAUUUAAUAAUGUUAGAAUAUUCUAAUUAUAAAAUUGUCCAGAUCAGACAAUAAAUGCUGUAGAAUUAAAUGUAGAAUUACUUCUGGGUGGUUUUACAAUUCGGAAUAUUCCAUUUAAAUAAAUAUUUUUAUCAGUU